AUGUCUGACCACGGAGAGACCAUUGAGGAUCCAGGGUACCACCCCCCUGUCCCCGAACUUGACGACCACCGCCGUCAUCAUUCGUCAAGCACGCACAGGCCUCGUCGAGGUACGCACGACAGCCUGUAUGCUCGGGAGGCUCAACUGCAGUCUGGCAGGGAACCGGAUACCCCUACCAUUGUAGUCCGCGACUUUGAAGAGGCUAUUAUCGACGACGGAGGUGCUGAUCCCGUUCAGAGGCACCAACGGGCUCGUCGCCCAACUAUCGAAUCUGUGCAUGAGGAAAGAGAGCCAUCUCCUCCAAACUCUGUCAAAGCGUUUGCGGCCGCUCGGCGCCGCGAGAGAGACUUGUCUUUCUCCGAGUCUCCGGACGAUGACGGCUUGAGCCGAGCCAUGUCAGUCUCCAGUCGCCGCAGCUACCGGAGCAGGCCACGGACGGUCGACAAGGACAACGGCAGCAUUCUUACGACAAAUACUGCCGAAGAAGACGUCUGCUUUCCUCAUGACGACAAGCACCGCAAGGACAAGCUCUACAUCGACUUUGAUUUUCUUGAGUGUUUCAUGCACGCCGAGCAGGCCGCUCGUGUUCAAAGCCGAGAGCGACAAGAAACAGCCAGCUUCGACAACCUACAGCUGCAGCAUGCUGAUACCCGUCGCACCCAGGUCGCCACUAGCGAUGGCGAUAUUCUUGAGAUGCCAUCGGACGACUCCGUCACGCGCGAGAAGGAAGGGGUCGAUGACGUUGAGAGGCUCAAAUCUCAACAUGCGGGACCCACGGACAGCAAUCGCUACAGCUUCUUCUCCACCGCCUGGGAAUCCACCAUUCACGCUGCUGAUCUGGCGGACCUCGUACUGCCCGGCGAAGACAUCCGCGGGCUGUUCGAGCUGCCGGAGGAUGAGACUGAUGGUGUCUGGUGGCUGAAUUGCAACAAUCCUUCUCGCGAGGAGGUCCAGGGCAUCUGCAGGGCUUUUGGCAUUCAUCCCCUGACCAUUGAGGAUAUCAAGUUUCAGGAGGCUCGUGAGAAGAUCGAGCUCUUUCCCUCGUACUACUUCGCCUGCUUCCGCUCCUUCAACGCCGUUGUUGAAUCUGACGGUGAUCGAGAGUUCGAGCCCUUCAAUCUGUACGUGAUUGUGUUCCGCGAGGGCACUCUGAGCUUCAGCUUUGCACCCAACUCCCACGCCACGCAAGUUCGAAACCGUAUCACCGCGCUCAAGGACUACAUGUCACUCAGCAGCGACUGGAUCUGCUACGCGCUCAUUGACAACAUUGUCGACUCUUUUGGCCCCGUGAUCCACCAGCUCGAGCGGGAAGCAGACGACAUUGAGGACGCAGUGUUCAUCAUGCGCGAGGACGACUCGAGCCAAUUUUUGCGUUCCAUCGGCCAAGCCCGCAAGAACUGCAUGGCUUUGAUGCGUCUGCUCGGCGGCAAAGCUGAUGUGCUCCGUGGCUUCACCAAGCGCUGCAAUGAGAAUUGGCAAGUGACACCACGCAUGGAUAUUGGCAUGUACCUGGGCGACAUCCAGGAUCACGUUGUCACCAUGGCCACUAACCUGAGUCACUUUGAAAAGAUAUUGUCGCGCGCCCACAGCAAUUACCUCGCCACCUUGUCCAUCAACAACAUUUCACAGGGUACCGAGAUGAAUCGUGUUCUGAGCAAGAUAACCUUCCUUGCAUCCGUUCUGGUUCCGCUCAACCUUGUGAGUGGUGUGUUCGGCAUGAACGUUCCUGUUCCUUUCAUGAAUGUCGACUCGAACAAUCUGGCGCCAUUCUUUGGCAUCAUCAGUUGCAUGAUCUUCCUUUGCGCUCUGAUUCUGGGCUGGGCACGAUACUAUCGUUGGAUCUAA